UCUAAAAAAUAAACAUGUAAAAGUUUAAUUUUAUUCCAACAUGAAAAUUUAAUUUAAUAAAACAGAAGUUGCAAGUAGCAAAAGAUCAUCCAUAAAAUGGUUCGAAUUACAACUUACGUAUUUUUCGACAUCGAAACAACAGGUUUGCCGUUUCAAGAAAGAAAUAAAACUAAGAUCACCGAAUUAUGUUUUUUGGCAGUGUCUAGAGAUGAUCUAGAUAUACAAUCAGGUCUGCCACCCAUUAAGAAGUUGUCUUUCGUACUGAACCCAGAAAAGAAAAUUCAUCCUGAUGUUGUAGUUUUGACUGGCCUAACGAAUGAGUCACUAAAGAAUGCGCCGACAUUUAAACAGAGAGCAAAUGCUAUAGUAUCUUUUUUAAAUGAACUUCCGAAGCCUAUAUGUUUAGUCGCGCAUAAUGGAAAUUCAUUCGAUUAUAAGAUAUUAUUAGCAGAGUGCAACGAUGCAGGCAUUUUGUUGCCAAGUGACUUACUGUGCAUAGACUCUUUGAUUGGCUUCCGAAAAAUUCUAAAGACCACUCAGAAGUCAUUACCGUUAAAAAUGAAUACUAGCAAAGACGAUAGUGCUAGUGAAUUGCUAUGGCCAGAACUCGACGUGUCUACAGAAAAUUGGGAAGAAAUUGAUAAUCUGUGUGCCUCAUUUAGCAAAGACACAUGUAUUGAUGAUGAAAAAAGUAAAAAAGAAAAUGAUUUAAAUCAGCAAAAGUGUACGAAUUUAAAGCAGGGUCGGAAAAAUAAGAAUGACCUUUCAACUCAAGAUCAAAGUUUGUCAAUACAAAAUAAAAGUACUAAAAAGAGGGAGUUUACUUUGACUGGUUUAUAUAAAAGACUACUUGAUAAAGAUGCAGUAAAUGCACACAGAGCAGAAGAUGACUGUGUUAUACUUAUAGAAUGUGUAUUGACUCUACGAGAUGAGUUCUUGACAUGGGCAGAUGAGUCUUGUAAAACAAUACACCAAAUCAAACCUUUAAUACGCUAUUAGAUAUUUAGUCUAGUAUGGGUAUUAUCAAAGGGAAUUCUUUAAAAAAAGUUCUAGUUUUAAGCUAAUUACUUUACCAUUUUUAUUUUAUGAUUUGUAUCAUACCUUAGAUACUUUAUAAUUUUUUUAUUAUCAUAUUAUUGACAUAUUUCAAUAUACAAUA